UUGAACUGGGGGGGAGGCGGCCGGCGGCAACGGUCCUCCGUCAUGGAGUUUGAUGAGACGGUGGAGGAGGGCCUGCGGCGCAGCAAUGCGCGGUUUCUGGCGUGUAUGAAUAAGAUCUUAGACCAGUACAAUCAUGACUUCGAAGAUGAUAUCCUGGUGUCCAUUGGCACCCUGACUUACGAAACACCUGAAGGUAUAAAAGAAUGGGAGAAAGUGUCUAGAAAAGAUGUCAAAAAGUGGAAGGAAGAAAUAUUUCCGAGUAAUAAAUGCCAUCCAAGGAGCGCAGAGGAGCAGAGCUGUGAUUUUGAAGAUGAGCACUCAACAGAACACCAGGAAUCUUCUAAGAACGCUGGUGCAGACACAUCUGAUUCAGGUGAAGAAAGUGGUGACAUAGCCUCAGUAGGAAGAAAAUCUAAAGACAAACACCUGAAGAAUCUGAAUGGAGGUGAUGGACAAAUCCUACAGAAAAAAAGAGUUCCAGUGGAUGUGAUAUUACAAGGUGAUGAGAGAAAUAUUCCCAAAUGGAUAACGAUAACAACUCCAAGUUCGUCAAAAAGUCAUCGUUCAACGUCGCCGGGGCGAGAACUGAUUGGCUAUCAAGCUGCUGUUUGCAGAAAGAAGCUAGAAUUUUCAAAUGAAUGUUCUUCAUCCAGAUAUCCACAGUUACAACAUUCUGCUUUUCCCAUUUCCUCAAAUACCAUAGCCUCACCCAGGCAUCAAGCUUGUCCAGAACUGAGCACGACUUCAUGUGGUAGUAUUUUUGGAGAUGAGGAAUGCUCCUUGAGCAGUCCAACUCUUUCAAGCUUGUAUCCAGCAAUGGUAGAGAUAUUUACAAAGCUCAUGGCAAAGCAUUCUCUGAGAAAAGUGUUGAAGUACAUGUUUGGAGACUUACGGUCCAAGAGACGGCAUUCUAGAAGACCAAAGCUCAAUGUCACUGUAGACAAAAUGAGAGGGUUCAGACCCUGUAAAUUUAAACUAAAGAAAGGAUUUCACAGCAUGUGUAGCUGUAGAAGUAAAGACAACCAAAUUCCAACUUAUGGGAAUGAGAGCAGAGAAUUCUGUUGUGACAGUUGCCUCAUUAGUAAUUCAUCUGGUCUGGUGCCUUAUGCAUGUGCUGAUACAAAUGAAAUCAAAAAAAUGCACUACUCUGACUCAAGUUCAGAACAACAUUUGGCAUCUGGAAAAAGCCAAGAAGUCUGCAAACAUACUGCUUUUCCUGAUGUUAUGGAUAGAAUAGGAGAGAGAUUUCUAGUUGAAAAUAAAUUACAGGCUACUGCCUCACCAAAGAAUUCAGAAUACGCAGAAGGUGAAACAUUUACUUACAAACAUUUCUCAGAACCCAGUUUUAUAACAUCUGCUGCUAGUUCAGAUGCAUUUCAUCUUGUAAAAGAGAGUAAGACUCAGAAAACUGACUUCUUUGUUGGUACCUCAGAGUUGUGUUCAUCUGCUUGCAGUUCCCAUGGCAAUAGAAACAAUUCCAUACCUACCACAAAUUGUUCUCCUGCAAGAUCAUCAAAGGUGUUCGUAUAUCCUCAAAAAAUAACUUCUUUCCAGCCCAAAGAGUCAUUUUCCUCCUGGAAGCAGAGUUCUUCAAAGACGGACAAAGAAAUAGAUGCUGCAUUUGACGAACUCUACUACAGAGUGAUUUCUGGAGAAUACCUAAAGCCUUUGUCAUUGACAAGCCCUCUGUUAAAGUCACAGAACCUUGAAGAGAAAGGAGUAUUAGUGAAGAGUAAUCUAAGUGUUUCUGAGAGGUCCCCUAAACAGUGUGAUGUAGAAUUUGAGAAACUGUGUGGGAAGCCUGUUCCAAAAUCUCCUGGGCUUCAGACAACUUCAAAUUUCAGGAAAUACGAAGAAAUAAAGAUGCCUCAAACUGUAAAUGCCCUUGUUAACUCUCCUGUCCAAAGAUAUUCUUCAAUUUCCAGUGUUAAAAGAGCGGGAAAUUUUCAAUACCAUCUUCCUUGUUCACCAGUAAAGCGACUGAAAUUUAUACCAGAACAUUGUUUUUCCUCAAGCAAAUGUCAGGAGAUUUCCCACAGUAAAGAGUGUAAUCUUCAGACAGGUGGCAUGGGUUUUUUGAGCACGUUCAACUGUAGCAACCCCAGCUUUUUUGCUGAUCACAACCGUCAUUGUCAGGGUUCUGCAUGUCAUGAUUCCUCAGAUCAACGUUUUCUUGGUAUUCCUGGCACUUCCCUGCAAGCAGAAUCUGGGACUGCAGGUGCACACUCUGGAUGUCCUGGGGGAAUGGAGAAUUGCAGCUCUCUGAGAAAUGUGAGCAAGUGUCACCGAAGGGUAUACAGAAAACUAAGCUACACUGAUAGGAAAGACCAAUUGUAGGAAUCCCUUGGAUGACUCCCUGGUUAAAGCUCACCAAGAAGCAUUAAUGCACUGUUGCAGUUAAAAAGUUUUAUAUAGGUUGGGUUUUAUUCAAUGUUGUUGCUUCCAAGAAUCAAGGAUGUAAGCAAUACACAAAUAGUUCUGGUUUAUACUUCCUUAUAGUUCAAAUCUUCAGGGAGGGGUUCUUCCCUUUUAACAGGGCACUUCUGACUCAAUUUAUGGCUAAGUUGGAUUUUUUUAUUUGACAGUAUUUGUAAUAACAGAAUGUAAUCUGUAUUGUUUUUGUUUGCUGAUAAGCUUUGGUUCUUAUUGUAUUAAUAAUAAGGAACAAGCUCAUUUACCUAAAUUGCUCCUUAUUCAUGUUUGAGUCUCUCAGUACAGAUCCAAAUUCACUGCUAUGUUAAUGUUAACAUUUUCUAAGUAGAUCACCAAAGUUGAUAUAAUAAACUUUGAUUCUUACUGUGUUAAUAACAAGGAACAAGCUCAUUUACCUAAACUGCUGCCUAUUCAUGCUUUUUGGAUGCAUCAGUACAGACCCAAAAAUCACUGCUAUAUGCUAUGACUUAAGUUUUCUAUGCAAUGUUAAUGUUAAAAUUUUCCAGAGUUGAUUGUUCAAUAAAAGUUUAUACUGUUUAGUAAGUUUGAUAAUUGCAUUCUCUGUUUUGACAAAGUUGUACCUGACACAGUAUGUGUCCUAAAUAAAAAACUGUUCUGAACAAA